AUGUCUACAAUGAUACGCACCCCUACUACACCAGCAACCCAACGAUCAUCACCAGCGUCGGCGAGAAAGUCGGGGUUUGGAGAACCACAACCAUCUACACCGCAGACUGGAACUUGGAAACACCCCAAAUUCGAUGAGAUCGCAAGACGACAGAAUGUGGCCACUUUUACAGAUCAAAACAUGAGGCGACUUGUAUGGAAUGGUGUGGGAUUUGUUGUGUUAUGGUACUUUGGACAAACACUUUGGAGAACCUUCCCUGGUUAUUUCUUCGGCGAAGCAUUAUUUCCAAUCUUUGCGUCCUGGGGCUUUCGAAUAAUACAAUUCUGCCUCGUUUUCAAUAUUGUUGUUGCACUUCGCCCAUUCUACACGAAACGAGACAACAUGGAAGAUAUACCUUUGACACCUGCUCAACGAAAACUUCUUGGGUUGAAACCUAGUUCAAGACCACCUACUCCAGGGUCGGAGUAUGUUACUCCACCGAGAUAUAGGAGGACGUCAACACCCCUGAGCAGCUCGCCUGCGAAUCGAAGAGGAAGCCCAGCUUCUGGAAGUCCUUCCGGGAAACGAUCCGAAAGUCCACACACUCAAGACGGCCUGGAAAGCUUGAUUAAUCCACUGGGGCCAGUCUAUUCGCCAGGUGCAAGUCCCUUGUUACAGAAGACUCUCAUGAGUGGAAGUGGUAACCGAAGGUCUUCAUAUGGCUCAAAUCCUCUUGGUCGAUCUAUUGGGGAUCCUGGUACACCAAGUCCAUUAGGUGCUGCGAAACCGUCAAGUGUUGGGUUAAAUAACAAAUGGCUUUACGAGAAGGGAAGGAGAAAUUCAGGCAAUGCCCGAUUGUAUACAUAG